GCAAUUUGGUAUUCAAGAUGGCGCUUGGCGCUAUUUGAGUCUUACGCGUGAAUUUCUUGUUCAAGUGGAGAAGUCUUCAUGGCAGAAUGAAAUGGUAUGAGUGGGAGACCACAGGGCCGUGGUAGGCAAACACGCAGAGACCGCUCUCAGCGAAAUAAAGGCCGAGACCACUCUGCAGACUCAGUGGGCAGCACUACAAGUACUCAAAGUGAAAGAGAAAGAGAUCGAGAAAGGGAACAACGAAAUGGGCGGAACACCAGACGUCGUCCUGAAAAGAAAGACGACCGAGGCAGACGAAAAAAUGAGGAAACUAGAAGAGAUGUUUCCGAUAGGGAAGGCAGCAAAGUCAAUGCUGUUGAAAAAGAUAAAGGAAAGCCUCGCUCAGAGUCUGAGAAACAACCUCCUCGCGGAAGAGGUGAACCUAGCCGAGAUCCUGCUAGGGAGUUAAACCGAGACAGUUUUGCUUCUAAAAGCUCAGCUAAUGAACGAAAUAACAUGUUUGGUGAUGAUUCUCGUUUAUCGCAUCUUGUAAAGAGGAUUACCAAAGAGUCUGAACGUGAGCGACGUUUAACUGCAGCUCAACAGUUUGAAGAAUUCCUUAGCACUCCUGAUAAUUAUCAGAUAGUAGACAAGUAUGCAGAGAAUCUAUUUUCAGCCUUAGAAGAUGUGCUGUUUGAAAGGGGACAGCCAGAACUUAAAGAGAAAGUAGCACUAUGUGUUGGUUUGAUUGGUGGAAUUUUAGGCAAUGAGGCUGGAAGGUUUUUUCAGUGGAUCUUUACCAAACUAGAGUCAUCUGUAUCGGAUGAAGUCAAGAUCUUACUGCUUACCGCACUGUCAAAGGCGAUUCAAGUGGACACCAAAAACAAAUGCUUCAGAGAUUUCAUGAUGAACGUCAUGAGCAGCUUGCAGAAUAUCUUGGAAAAUGUGGAUACAUCAGAUUUGCUACGUGCAGCUCUUAAUGUGAUGAUGCCAAUUGCUCUAGACUACCCACAUGCAUUUGCAGGCCACUUCAGGGACACUGUAGACAUCCUUGUUGGAUGGCACAUAGACACUUCACAGCAGAAUUCUCUCACCAGCUACACAUCAGAAAAGUUUUGGUCUAGUCAGUUCAUUAGUGGCUUAAGCAUUUCUUAUGAUGUUACAGAAUGUCUGGUUAAGUUGCAUGACUACUGGGCUUCAGACAUUGCCUUUUCUCUGACACUACUGAGCCAGUUUCUUGAAGAUAUGGAAGCUUAUGCCGAGGUGAGCAAAGAAAAGUCAGCUGGUGUAUGGAAACAUAGUUUGACUGGUCCACUGGUUGCUGAUCUAAUUUUUCUGACUGUUGGUUUGGGUCAUCAUGUCAUUUUGUAUAUACCGUGUUGAAGAAAUCCUAUUUGCUUAGAGUUAAAGAUUUGCAUGGGG